GGCGUGUCCUCCCCCGGAAAUAGGAGCAUUCCCCACCUCCGGGCGGCUAGCAGCUGGGUUCGGAGUCCGGGAUGAGUGUUUUGGCUGCGGCAGGCGCUGGGCGGUUGUGGGCCGUGCGCGCGGCCCUUCCUUGUCUUUGGAGAGGAAAGUACUUCAGCUCCGGGAAUGAGCCGGCAGAAAACAACCCGGUGACCCCUAUGCUGCGGCAUCUUAUGUACAAAAUCAAGUCUACUGGUCCCAUCACCGUGGCCGAGUACAUGAAGGAGGUCUUGACCAACCCAGCCAAGGGCUAUUAUGUGAACCGUGACAUGCUAGGAGAAAAAGGAGAUUUCAUUACUUCACCUGAAAUAAGUCAGAUCUUUGGGGAGCUCCUAGGGAUAUGGUUCAUCAGUGAAUGGAUAGCCACUGGAAAAAAUGCAGCUUUCCAACUGGUGGAACUGGGCCCAGGCAGGGGUACCCUCUUGGGAGAUAUUUUGAGGGUAAGUAAUAAAAGAAUGUCUUAA